AUGAAGUCUUCUAUCAUUGCGUCCCUCAUUGGACUCGCCGCUACCGUUAUGGGUUACGCGGAUCCUAUGGCUUGCAGUGGUGUCUGCAACAACGCCCAUGACCCUGCGCUUAUCCGCCGCGACUCUGAUGGGAGGUACUACCGUUUCUCGACUGGAGGCAAGAUCGCCAUUCACAGUGCGAAGACUAUCAACGGACCGUGGACGUAUCUUCGUGCUGCUAUUCCCGCCGGGUCGAAGAUCAACCUGGCUGGAAAAGACGACCUCUGGGCACCCGACGUGACCAAGUUUGGCGACACAUACUAUCUUUUCUACAGCGUCUCCUCCUUUGGCUCUCAGAAUUCCGCCAUUGGCGUGGCAACGUCCACCGACCUCGACAACUGGACCGAUCAUGGUGCUACUGGCAUCUCCUCCAAGGCCGGGUCUCCCUACAAUGCCAUUGACGGCGCCGCCUACUACGAUGGCUCGAACAUCGUCAUGUCGUUCGGCUCCUUCUGGGGCGACAUCUACAGCGUCAAGAUGAACAACCCGCCUCUCACCGUGGCCUCGGGGGCUACUUCCACUCGCAUCGCGUACAAGCCGUCAGGCACACACGCCCAGGAAGGCGCGUUCAUCGCUAAGAACGGCAAUUACCACUAUCUCUUCUUCUCGGUCGGCCAGUGCUGCGGUUUCGACACGAGCAAGCCCGCUGCCGGGGCCGAGUAUAAGAUCCAAGUGUGCAGGUCUACCUCUGCUACGGGUGGAUUUGUCGACAAGAGCGGCGUGUCUUGCACGAAUGGUGGUGGGACUACGGUGCUUGAGUCUCACGGGUGGGUUUACGGUCCGGGCGGUCAAGGUGUCUACUGGGAUCCUACGCUUGGACCGGUGCUGUACUACCACUAUGUCGACACGAGGAUUGGGUAUGCGGAUGGACAGAAGAAGUUUGGCAUCAACAAAAUUGACUUUUCGAGCGGGUGGCCGGUUGUAUAGGUCAUGUGUGAGAGAGCGCUGGUGUUCCGUUCGUGUACAUAGUUACCUUUAUUGCUUGCCAUAUUCAAAUCGAUCUGUCCCGUGGCGGACACAAUUCUUGAUCAUCACUCACGGGACUAAUGCACGUGCAAGUGAGGACCC